AUGGCCGGCUCGAACUUCUCUGUCGAAGCCCUCAUGAACUCUCACCAUGUGUUCCACCAGCUCGGAGAUGAUAUCGCUCUGGUUUCCAAGACUCCUUCAAGACCCAAUCAUCCAGCUCCAGUCACAGAGGGCAGCACAUGGUUGAUUACAUACAAUGGAGCCCUCUGGCCGGCCAUGGUUUGUGACGUAGAUGGAGCACCGGCCAGAUUCAUCGCAAGUCGUCGUGGUCCUCAUGAGUUACCAGCCAUCCUUCUUGGAAGACACAAGUACAUCUGGGUGUCGACGCAAACCAUUCGAGAGUACGACCCAAACCGCGACUAUCUUGCAAGCGCGAAAAAGUUCGAUCAGCCAGAAAUCCUGGCCACAGACGAUGAUUCUACAAAAGUAGAGAAGCAACGACAGAAAGCAUUUCGUCAGGAUGCGCCGGCAUUUUUAGGUGCCGAGUAUUGGCACAACUACAUCAGUCGGAAUUCGCAGGUGCGCAAGCUCGAAGCAGAGAGAAACGCACAGGAGUCUCGCAAGAAGAGCCAAUCGACACCAAAACGACGUCGCUCUGAUGAAGACAGCUUCUCGUCCGGAAGCCGCAAGCGACGUGCCACGGGCGAAAAGGGUCACUCAACGGAGUCUAAGGGAUAUCCGACGCCAACGUCCUCGAGGAAGAAGAGCAACAGAAACAUGUUUGGCCUGGAGUAUGCUCACUUGUUUGGAGGCUGUCAUGACGAGGGCACAGAAUCUCCGAGCAGAAAGGCAGGGUCGACUAUGUAUAGUCAAGUGGUCGCUCGGGCUCAAAGAGCUAGGCAUCACGACGUCGACAUCGACGACGACACGGAUGUGGAUGGAAGCAACGGCUUGUUUAUGCCAAAGACCGGCGAUGACAAGGCUCGUCACCAGAAGUCCCCAUCAUUUAUCAAGCGCGAGCAACGACAUGCUCCACCACAGGUGGGUCCAAACAUGUGCCGCGUCCUCAUCAGCUCCAACCGCUCCGGCAUCAUCAUCCCUCUGACAGCCCUUGACAACUGCUUCUACCUCCACCAGCGUGAAACAUUCAACAACAUCACCAAAGAACACAUCAUCGACCUCCGCAAAGACCCCAGGGCCAUCGAUCAAGCCCUCACCGAGCAACAGUUCCUCUCCAUAUACGACUAUCUCCACACCGGCAAAAUCGUUCCCCACAUCACCCCAUCCACCAACGGCGACUCCAUCUCCGCGAUCGAGAAAACGCGAUCCGCGCAGAUUCUCAGCCAAGCCUUCGUCGCAGCCACCAAGAUCCAGCACGAGUAUCUCCAAGAGAUCAUCCAACAGAAGCUCUGCAGACUCCACCCGUUGCCAAUUGUCGCGAUCCCUCCUGUCGCGAGGGAGAUCCUCAGCGUCACGUCCCCAAACGGCGGCACGAAAGUUGAGAAGUUCAUGCGGGAGUGGAUUAUUGAUCAUGUUGGGUGGGAUUUCUGGGAUUUGUGUCCGAAGUUCAGUGAGCCGAUCCACAAGUUGAUCACGGAGCAUGGGCUUGCAGAGGUGGUGUUUGGGAAGGUCGUGCAGAGGAUGGAAGGAGAGAAGGCGGCAGCGGACAGGGAGGAGGCUGAGAAGACCGCGGCGGCGGAGGGGUUGACGGGGCCAAUGGCCCCUAUGAAGAUUGAGGCGGCCACUUUCCAGGCAAAGAAUAUUCCAGCGGGAAUGUCAGCGGAAGGGCAGAUGGGUUCGAAGAGGACUGAGGCAGAGCAGACUCAGUUGGAGACGAUGGGCCUGCUGGAGCCGGAGAACGCUAAGCUCGAGCAGAUCGAGGCAGAAAACAUCGAAGCAGAAAAUCCGGCAUUAGAGAAGACGGCAAGAGAGAUGGCCGCGGCAGCAGCAGAGAAGAGGGCGGCGGAGAGCUUGAAGGCACAGGACUUGGCAACUUCGAACGCGAAGCCAAGCAACAUCGACACCGAGAUGGCAGGCACGGAGAAGGUGGAAGAGCCCGACACGGCGAUACCGGAGAAGCACGAGCGAGAGAAGAUGACGGACCUCUACAAGACGGAGCCAGAGACGACCAACAUCGAGAAGAUCAAGCCGGACAGCACAAUGACGGAUGGAAUGAAGGCCGAGCAGCAGCCUCUGUCAAAUGGCAACCCAAACGAGGCUGCCGAGGGACCAGUAGAACCACUCCCCGAGGCAGUCAGUGAUUGGCUUCAUUUGUGA